AAAUUCCAAAAUCCAGUACCGCAAUUCGCAGAGAAAUUAGGGUUUCUUAUUCAUGGCACGUACACGAUCAUCAAGCCACGGUUUCGAGCCUUCGUCUUCAAACCAGAUGAGUGAAACCAAGGAGAAAGAUGAUGGUGGAGAAGAAAUAGCUGUUGAUGCUUCAGUUAGUGCUCGAAAAGCUGAUGAUGCUGAGCUGGAAUGUUCUUUUCGUUCUGUGGAGUCUGGAGAAAUUAAGGAACACAAUGCGAAUGGAGAAACUCUACCCGGAAAGACGGAAGUAGAGAUGGUAGCAGCUGAUGAAGAUAAUGUGGUAGUGUCUGGGCAAGUACAAGAUGGAGAAACUUUACCCGAAAAGAUGGAUAUUGAGAUGGUAGCUUCUGGUGAAGAUAAUGUAGAACCGCAGACUAAUGGGGAUCAAUCUGGUCAGGAGCAUCCUCGUCCCUCGGUCGCAGAAAAUGGCGAUGGUGGAGAGUUGGUCAAGCAGGGUGGUGAGACUUUGAGUGAUGAGGGUCAAGAGUUGGACAAGUCAGGUGAUAAGAGCCUAAAAGAUGUAAAAAGUGAGGCUGUGAAGUUGGCUCAGGGUAGUGAUCAUGGUUGUGAGGAGAAUGCUGAACCGAGUAGUGUUGGCGCUGGAGAUACUGUAACUGUGAGAAAUGAUGAACCAGCUACACCUCAUGCUGGAUUUUCAGAUGUAAAAGCUGAAGAAAAGAAUGGGAAAGAGUUGGAGAAUGAGGUGAAUGGAAAAGAAGUUACUACACCAAUGAAUAAUGGAAAGUCAAACUCGAAGUACAUGUUUCUUUCUCAUGACAGCCGCACGUAUGAAGGUAAUGACUCGGGGACAGAAGAGGAACAAAUAGAUUUUGUGAAGGAGAUUGAAAACUUUUUUAAGGAGAGGAGCUUGGAAUUUAAACCUCCUAAGUUCUAUGGAGACGCUGUGAAUUGUCUUAAGCUGUACAGAAUUGUGACCAGACUGGGAGGCUAUGAUAAGGUGACCUCAUCUAAAUUGUGGAAGCAAGUGGGAGCGUCCUUUAAACCUCCAAGGACAUGCACUUCGCUUUCAUAUUCAUUCAGAGGUUUCUAUGAGAAGGCACUCCUUGAUUAUGAAAAGCAUGAAGCACAUGGUGGUGAGCUCAGUAUACCUAUCCCUUCCCAGCCAAGGCCUAUGAGUGUUGAUACUAAGCCUAUGAAUGUUGAUACUAAGCCUAUCAAUGUGGAUAAUCGGGCUUCAGGAUCAGGCAGAACAAGAAGGGAUGCUGCAGCACGUGCCAUGCAAGGUUGGCACUCACAACGUCUCCUUGCAAAUGGUGAAGUCAGUGAACCUAUCAUAAAGGAUAAAAAUGCUACUGCUUUGCAAAAGCAAGACAAGCAGCUUAAAACCACUGGUUCACAUAAAAGAAAGAAGCCACCCAAUGUGGAUCCUGUCAUUAAAGCUGCACGUAAUAAACCAACAAAGUUACAAUUGGAUGUAGAUGUUUCUGAUCUUGGGCCUCCAGCAGAUUGGGUGAAGGUCAAUGUGCAGAAGACAAAAGAUUGUUUUGAGGUCUAUGCUUUAGUACCAGGACUUCUACGUGAGGAGGUGCGUGUUCAGACAGAUCCAGCUGGGCGACUGGUUAUAAGCGGUGAUCCUGAGAAUCCUGACAAUCCAUGGGGUGUCACACCUUUCAAAAAGGCCAUCACCUUACCAUCCCGGAUUGAUCCUCACCAUACAUCAGCCGUGGUCACCCUGCAUGGACAGCUGUUUGUUCGUGUCCCAUUUGAGCAGUCAGAACAGUAACAUAUUAGGAUGUCUAACCUUAUCUAUCUUACUAUAAAUUAACCAUCUUUUGUAGAAAACAAGCUUUUCACCAUCUUAAGUAGGUCUAGUCAGUUCAGUUGGUUUGUACCAUUUGCUCACAUUGGCAAGUACCGUUUGCUCAUAGUGAUGUGUGAAACUUGGCGUGGACUUGGAUUAUUAGUACAGGUAAUGCCUAACCAUUUGUGUACUCAAUGUACCGACAUUCUUUUAGUGAUAAUUAUCAAGGAACCUCUGAUUUAUUC